ACAGUGGCUAAGUUCCGAAGGCUACGUUAUAUUUCCUCCCCAAGAUUGAUAAGAUAUAAUCUGUUGAGUAAAUUGUUGGUGAAGGAGUAAUCCACCUUUAUAUGUGUGUCUUGGUCUUAAGCUAUCAUGAGCCUCGCAAAAUCCCCAUUUGUGGUCCAGAUCAAGGAAUUGCUCCAGUUGCUUGAUGCCGAGGCCCUCCUGGCUCUGGCUAGGACGGCCACUAACAACCGUAUUUUACCUCUCAAUGCUAAAGAGGCCAUUGAAAUCAUUCUCCUCCACACUCCUGACCUUGGACGGCUGUUUUCCUACCGACGGAUAACCUCACAAGUCCUGUUCACUUACCUGCACGACAAGAAGGUGUCAUCUGCAGGUUUUUCCAACAAGAACCAACUGAUGUUAGCUAUACAGGACUUAUGGGCCAAACAGAGUAACAAGGAUGUUGUGUCAGAACAUGUGACUGUGAAGCGUAGAGCAACUUCAUCGCCUGAAAGUAAAUGUCGGAAGGGUAGAAGAGAGGUUAGAUCAAACAGUACAGGUGCAUUAGGAAAUUUUGUUGGCGGAGACGUAAGUAUUACAAAUAUUUGUGUGAAACAAUAUGAGGUUAGUGGCGUACAAGUGCUGCCUACUUGUGUCGUGACACCCACCCAGUCAAGAGCGACUGUCGUGAGAAGUGACGAGUUUACCCGAGACUUUUGUGAAUGGUAUUUUACUAUGGUGAACCGCCUACAGCCAGAGUGUGCCCACCUUAUUGGUGACAUGUUUCGAGAAGAAAUCUUUUACCACAACAGCACCACAGAUAUUUACCUUAUUGGCCAGACAAGUGAGGAGUUACAUGCUCAGGGUGGUGCUAACACUUUUGCACUCUUAAGAGACACCUUUAACAAAUUUGGACUCCUAUUUAGUCCAAAUUUAGAGAAUGGAACACAAGCUUUUAAGUCAAAUCAUGGAAUGGUUAGGAUAUGUUGUUGUGGCACAUUACAUCAUGCAAAUUCAUUUGUGGGUAUAUUUGAGCAAGAGAAUGGCUUGAUAUGCAGUCCAGUGGACCGUACUUGGAAAAUAAUGUACAUCAAAAUCAACUUGAGGCAGAUGAGCGGUCAAACAGUACCUCCAAGUCUUCCCCCCUGUCAAGUGUUUGAAAUAGAAACCUGAAUUAUCAGAAUUACUUUUUCGAAGUAACUCUUUUAGCCCUGAAUAUGUAUCAAGAAUUAGUGGCUGUGAUUUCUGUACCUAUUUCUUACAUUUGAUAAGUAUGUCACAUUCUUCAUUAUAAGACAGGCACCGAGGCAUAACAAUAUUCAGUACAUUAUAUACUGAAUUUCUGCUACCUUGGGAGACUAUUCUCUUUAGUUACAAAAGUCACCUGGAAGUAUUGUGGUUUGAUGUGCUGUGCAGUAUUUCCAUUUUGUAUAUAAUAUUCGUAAAUCAUCUGUGUUAUUCAUUAACUCAUAAUUACAUGAAAGUGAAGCUUUCUUUGUGUGUGUGUGUGUGUGUGUGAGAAAAUGGUAUUGGUUGAAUCAGAUUGGCUGGUAAAGAUAAUGGUUGAUUGGAGAAAGAAAAAGCAGUGAAGAAGGCAGUACUAAUGCUCUUAGUAAAGGGUUAAAUUCAGAUGUACAGUACUGUGGUUUGUGUGUGCUAAUGUGACAAGUGUCUGAAUAAUAAGUUAUCAUCUUUUGUAUUAUCAUCCAAGGAAAUAAAUAUUAAAAUAGUUUGUAGAUCACGUGAAGAUUAGGCAUCCCACCUUAUUUCACCUGAUUUAUUGUUAUGUUAGAUUGGUUAUGCUAGGUUAAGUAUGGAUAUAUAAUGAUAGGGUAGGUUUAUAACCCUAUGUUGUAUGGGCCUGUCAGUGGAGGAAUACACACACAAAGCAGAUAACUGGGUGAAGAGUUAAUGUGGACUAAACAGAGCAAUCCACUGGCAGGGGCCGGUCGAGCAGUUCCCGACGGCAUUGACUGACAUGCUCCAGUAAGUUCACCAUGAAGUACACACUCACAGUUUGUUUACACCACUUGAGGAUGUUGAGUGAAACCCCUAUAUUGCUAGAGGGGAUUGACACUGUCCAGAUUAUGGCUUGAGAUGUGUUGACAGCAAGACCCUCUAGACUGACUCCGCACCACGACUUGGGCGAACAAGGGUGUGGUUUAAAGUGCUGAAACAUGGAUAUGAACUAGUUGGGAUUGGUAAAGUGGUUAGGUUUCCUUGGUUACAGCAAGAUGAGCUAGAGUGGUGCCUGAAAUAUGAUGUCCAAGCAUGCAUAACAACAUCAUUAAGAUUACUAAUGAUCGUAUAGAUAAUGACAUGUAAACCAAUGGCUUACAAGUUAUAUUAUGUUAGAAUUGGUUUUGUUAUGCUAGAUUAGGUUUCUUUGUUUUGCUAGCUUAGUGUUAGGUUGCAUUGAGGAGAAAUAAGCUGGGGUGCUUAAUCUUCACAUGAUCCAAUGUAUGAUGAGAAAAUGUUCAAAAGUUAUCACGUUAUCAUUCUGUGUAUAGUCAGAAAAAAUAAAUAUGUCAUCAACAGAUAAGUCUUCAUUUAGAGAUAGAUAUUAAUGCCGUAUAGUCUCGAUUUACGUGGAUUUUGUUUACUCGUGUGGUCAUUUACGCAGCACCUUGCCAGACCGACAAUUUUUAUUUACGCGGGAAGCGGCACGGGCAGGGUGUGCACAAUGUCGCCCAGUCAACAAAACAUUACCGAGUUCUUCACCCGCCACCCACCACAGCCAGCCCAAG